AUGGAUCUUUGUGAAUAUGAACAGCUUGAAAGUGGAUCCAGAGAUCAAAAUGCUGGUGAAGAGGACCGUGUUGUGUUUCAACGGGCGGGCACCGACCCUGCCUUGACGGGCGACCUCAGAGCCCUGCACAACCUGACGGCCCUGGAGAAGCUCUGCCAGGUGUCUCCCUACUUUGGCAAAAUCCACACUGACAUCCAGCCAUACAUGAGGAGGAUACUGGUAGUGUGGAUGUUUCAGGUGUGUGAGGAGCAGAAAUGUGAGGAGGAGGUGUUUCCACUGGCGGUGCAUUACCUGGACAGUUACCUGAGCCGUUUUGCCGUCGAGAAGUCCAACCUGCAGCUUUUAGGAGCUGUUUGCAUGUUCCUGGCCUCCAAAAUGAGAGAGACUGUCCCCCUGACUGCUACCAAGCUUUGUAUCUACACUGACAACUUCAUUUCAGUCUCAGACAUCCUGAAGUGGGAGGUGGCAGUAGUGUCCAGGUUAGACUGGUGUCUGGCCUCUGUGGUACCCUCUGACUUCCUGGAGCCAAUUCUUCACGCUCUCCCUUUUGUUCGGCCCCUUCACCUUCAAAACAUGCGCCGGCAUGUUCACUCCUACAUCGCUCUGGCUGCCACUGACUGCAUGUUCUCUGGGUUCCUGCCCUCCACUGUUGUAUGUGCCUGUGUAAGCAUUGCCAUGCAGAGGCUAAAGAUAGUGGACGCUGAUGUCUCCUCUGAUACAGUGAUCAAGGCUUUAGCCGACCUUUUGGCCAUCAAUCUGAACUCAGUCCUUCUCUGCUAUGAGCAGUUAGGGAGUGUGCUGGAGCUCAGCCUGCCCUCCUGUUUCCAGGAUAGUGUUUGCAGAUCCAAGAGCACACAACUCAGAGAUCAGCUACACCCCUGCUGACAUUCAGGGUGUUGUAUUGACACCAGUGACAUCACCUCAGGAAAUGAAGAGAAAGCACUCCUCCCUGCCAUGAACAGACAGGAUAAAAUAUUAAAUUCACAGCCAUGAGAGAGAACAAGAAGCCUAAA